ACUACCAUUUCCAUUCCUUUGAAAAGGGAAAGGGGAGAGAGACGGGGGAGAGGGAGAGGAGAGAGAGAGUGGGAUAGACAUGGAAGGAGAGAAUGCGGGGCCGGAUGAAGAGUAUCGCGAGUACCGGAGUUGUUGGGGGGUGAUGUCGCCGGAGAUUGUGGAGAUUGGAGAAGAUAGCAAGAGUGUGACUAUAAGCAGCAGAGAUUGUGGCAUGAAUGAUGUUUAUGUUGCUGUUGGGAAAAAGGAUUUGGAUGUGGUGAAAUGGGCUCUUGAUCAUGCUAUCUCCCCUGGAGCUAGAGUUUUCCUUGUCCAUGUUUUCCCUCCAAUCACCUACAUCUCCACUCCUGUUGGAAGGCUAUCGAGAAGUCAAUUGACCCAAGAACAGGUCCGAUUCUAUGUCAACGAAGAGAACAAUAGGCGGAGGAACGUAUUGCAGAAAUACAUUCAGCUGUGCACUGAUGCCAAGGUGACUGUGGAUACAGUGCUUUUGGAGAGCAAUUCAACAGGCAAAGCAAUUCUUGAACUCAUCCCUGUCCUUAACAUUACUUACCUAGUCAUGGGAACCAAACGGCCGCCUGCCUCUAGGCGACUGAUCAAGGGGACAGGAAAGGGAGAAUUUGUCCAGAAGAAAGCACCAGAUUACUGCGAGGUUACAAUUGUUUACGACGGCAAGAAGCUUACGGAUAGCCAAAAAGUAGUACCCACUGCUGUUGCAUCCGAUCGGCGGAGGAGGCCGGAGAUCGCAACUAGGCAACCAGAAAGGAACUUCCUUGACUGCAUAUGCUUUUCGGCCAAAUCGGAUUAGAACACGAAAUUUCCUCUGCUGUUGCGUACAGACACGGAGAAACUAUGUCGAAGGCAUAGUUCAAAAUGAUCGAAAAUAGAAGAUCGUAGACUCGUGGAUGAAACGCAACUGACAUAUUCCGAAUUAAUAUGAAUCUAAUUGGCAUGUUUAGAAUGAGGAGCGCAUCGUCUUUUUGUUUUAACUCUAGCUCGAGGACAAGUACCGCAGAUAUCGAACACAGUCCGUACGAAAAUACAGACCUAGAUUUCCGAUCUAAAACGGCACCAUCUCUACUAAAUCAAUGCACCUGUAAUUGACUAUGCAAAGGUACCGGUCACGUUGUAAUGUAAAAAAUGGUGAUGAGAUUACCUCCAAAAGUAUCUUUGUACACAUGUACUUAUGGUUAGCCAAUUGUCCGUUGCCCA